GACAAGAUCCCUACGCUUACAUUUUCAUUUUUGUUCUUUUUGAUACCUUUUCUGCCCGUCCGCUCAUCUCGUCUGAUCAUUCUCGUCCGAUCUCACAACUUUCUCUCGUCAAGUCCGGUUAUUGCUGGCAGUGUAUGAUGCACAAUUGUUGUAAAUAGGUUUCGGUGGUAUAAUAUGCCGCGGCUAAAGAGUAAUCCUUUCCCCGAUCAGUCCGAGCGAGCCUCAGGUUCUAGUGCCGGGCGACGGUUAACCUGGGGUACAGCGCAGUGGUACUAUUGGCUGGCACCGCUCGUCCGUACAUUCCAUAAUAAUAGCGCUGCAAAAGAGGCUUCCAUCUGUGGUGCAGUGGAGUCGGCCAUCAGCCACAAAACACACCAACCCGCAUCGGGAAGAGAACAGGAGCAACUGUGGCUAGUGAAUGGCUUUCUCCGAAGCUGGGACGCUAUUGGUGCAAAACAUUAUGAUCAAUCUCGCAGAUCCAAUUCUUCAAAGUUGACCAUAUUGGGUUACAUCCCCGUUGUAGCAACAUCGCCUUCCCACAAUGAACAUUUCGACCUCGGCUGCGGCGCGUCGGAUGACGCAAAGGGCUGCUUGCUCUGCAUGCCGUAGCGUUGAGAUAGCCUGCGUGACAAGAAACGUAGCACGUUUCCUUCCUACUGGCAGCUGUCAACUCAUCACCAGCAGAAGGCUUUUCUCCGUCUCUCUGCAUUCAGCAGAAGCCAAGUCCGUGGCCUUCAAACGCCAUGGUCUGCUUCCUCAGCUACAAACACAAGAGAAUGCCCGGCAAGCCGGGUCUGGCCUAAAAAAGGAACGGCGCACCGCCUACAUUGCCCUUGGAAGCAACAUGGGUGAUCGCAUAGCCAUGAUUGAAAAGGCAUGCAAUGAGAUGGAUGCGCGUGGUAUACGUGUGAUGCGAACUAGCAGCCUCUGGGAAACGGAGCCCAUGUACGUCCUCGACCAGGGACGCUUUGUCAAUGGAGUCUGCGAGGUAGACACGAGCCUGGAGCCAUUAGCCCUUCUUGACCAGCUGCAGGAUAUCGAGAAGUCCAUGGGACGCCAAAAAGUCAUUGAUAAGGGCCCGCGGAACAUUGACUUGGAUAUCCUGCUUUACGAAGGCGUGAUGCUUAAGCAUGAGCGCCUUGAGAUACCCCACAAAGGUAUCCCGGAGCGAGAGUUUGUCCUGCGUCCCUUGACAGAACUCAUUCCAGACAAGGCCGUGGAUCCUGCUCGCCCAUGGAAACUUGCACAAGAUUACCUUAACGAACUUCCUCUCUCUAGCCCACCCCUGACCACCCUGACACCUCUGUCGCCUUCGAAUCCUCCACUGCAGGCUGUCAAGCCAACACGCGGAACACACGUCAUGGCCAUACUCAAUGUUACUCCGGACUCUUUCUCUGACGGAGGAAAGCAUGACUCAACCGAUCAGUCAUCGCUCAAGUCAACCGUCGAGGACUUGAUCAAAUCUGGUGCCACCAUUAUCGAUGUCGGCGGGCAGUCGACCGCUCCUGGAGCCCCCGAGGUAUCGUUGGAGGAAGAGCUGGCGCGUGUCAUUCCAGCUGUGAAAGCCAUACGUGCUGUAUCUCGAGACCAUGGAUUGGACAGUGGACCAAGACGGGUCCUCAUCAGCGUAGACACUUACCGUGCCGCUGUUGCAGAGGCAGCAGUGUCUGCCGGUGCAGACGUGAUCAACGACGUGUCUGCUGGCGCCCUUGAUGCUGACAUGCUCCCCACUGUGGCCCGGCUGGGAGUCACAAUCUGUUUGAUGCACAUGCGCGGAACGCCUGCAACUAUGAGCUCGCUGUCAGAUUACGACGGUCCAUCUUCAUCCUCAACAGACCUGGAGUCGAAUUUAAACAGCACGGAAGAGGGUGGUCUUAUACCCUCAGUGGCCAGAGAACUACUUGAUCGCGUCGCCGCGGCCGAGGCUGCUGGAAUCAGGCGGUGGCGCAUCAUUCUCGACCCGGGCCUAGGUUUCGCCAAGGAGCUACCGGAGCAGAACCUUGAGAUUUUGCGGCGUCUAGAUGAGCUCCGUCUCUGGCCGGGGUUGGAAGGACUACCUUGGCUCGUUGGACCCAGCCGCAAACGCUUUGUCGGCGCCAUAACGGGCGUCAAGAAGCCGGCCGACCGAGUUUGGGGCACUGCCGCCGCUGUAGCAGCUGCUGUGCAGGGCGGUGCCGAUGUGGUGCGUGUUCAUGAUGUGCGCGAAAUGGCGCAGGUUGUCGCCAUGUCGGAUGCAAUAUGGAGACAUGGUGGCUACUCGAGCCGUGAUCACUAGAGCAGUUCCUUACCUUUUUGAUGUGAGCGGCUGUCUCUCGCCAAUAGAAGGCAUUUUCCCAUGCAUACGCCACCUUAUCUGGGAAACAUUUCGGGGCUUACUGCCGGCGGGAUCCGACAUCAGCCAUCAUAUAGCCUAUCUACUGUAGUCCUUCCAGUGGCGGACUCGGAAGGCGUUUGUCACUUAUACGUUGAGGGACCUAUGUGCCCCUUGAGGAAAUUUUAAUUACGGUAGUCCGAAAAGCAACCAUGCAAGCUCCCGAGAGGCCGGAAUUAACCGCGUCAUACAACGGCUGUCCAAGAAACCGAAGACCACGCCAGUUCUACAGUAAAUAUUGAAAUCCUCUAUAAUUGAGUCGAUCAACUGCAAAGCAGCGUAUCAGGUCAGAUACGACAUCCGUCAUCAGUAAAAUACGAGCCGGGAAGGUCUACCGAUGCGUGCAUACGGUACAUACGAAAAUACGGUAAAUUAUGCAGCCAAUUUCUACGGACGAGUCGUUUACUACUGUUCGAGCCCCACUGAACUGUCAUCAUAAGAUGAUGACGAUGGCCACAGCUACUAGACAAGGUAGGUCACUUGAUCGGCACAUGGCUGAGAAGCAAUAAACAGAAGAUGCAAGGCGGUGUCAUAGGACAUGACGAAUGCUGUUUGCCGUGUGGUGCACUAGCAAGGAUUCAAUGCUUCUGGGCCGACAAUACUACCCCUCAUUUUCACAGCAAUCAGCAGGCAAGCGACCCGGCCACAGCUGGCAUAAGCUCUGAAAACCAGCCUGUCGUCACUUGGUGAUCAAAGUACUCUCUGUUGAGACUUGAAAGUAUCUCAAUGUAUGGGCCAGGGGACAUCUUUGUACCCAUCCCCCCUUCCCUAUCUCAGUUUUCGCCUAUGCCGGAAUCCCCAGUUGGUGCAGGAGGCCCACAGCGUGCCCCUGUAGCUGCCCUGCCCUGCCCUUGCCUGUGCCCCUCCCUUCUUUUGCGGGUUUUGCUGGGCUGUUGUCCCUUUUGGUGAAGAUGUGGCAAGCAGCACUGACCGCCUCAUCGGAAUACGAGCGGGACCCACAGGUUUCUUGUUUAUUUUCGACUAGUGCGAACGGAUUAGAAAACCUUAAUUGAACCUCGUCCUCGCUCUUGGUCGGGAAACAGACCUUUUCUUUAUGGCGCAGCUCGAUUCAAUCGAAUGUUUUGGACCUAGCCUCUUUUUUGUUCGUUCUCUAGAAUCAUUUUAAACUAGUUCUAGGUGUGGAUCUAAGUCUUUGCUCUCACAUGAAAAUAUGCCCCAGGACGCCCGCCCUCAUUCCGUCGAUCCCCCAUUCUACCUACAGCGGGAAAUAAUUGUUAGUGGCUGCAACUCUAAGCCCGCAAGAGCUUACAGGCCGGGUCUUGCCAGACCGGCAGUCAUGUGCGGCAUGGGGUCGUAUUGCUGCUGACAUUACAACCUGCCGCAACAGGAAUCAAUUUCCUUGAACCCGGUCAACCACCUUCCUGGCCCUGCCAAUCAAUUCCUCAACUGCCGUAGCGUGCUUGUCAGUGGAGUGUGUUAUGCCGAAGAUCCGACGCAGAAGGCGAGAGGGCGAGAAAAAGGAGAACAAACAUGGCAAUUAACAGGGUAUGGGGGGUUUGUUGUUGACAGAGGCAACAAAAGCCAAGAAGAAAUCGCCGCAAUCUGCAGCUUAUUUUUUGCUGACACAGUCGAUAAAACCUUUGUACCUGUCACAAAUCUGGCCCCGCUACUCCGCCGAGCAAGUCUAGGAAAGGUAGGUAACCAUUGUCAAAGUAAAGAACAGCCAAUCGCCAGCGUCAUAGGUGGGAUGCACCUCGCGCUUUACUUCUUAGAUCUGCAACGGAACGAAAAUAGAGGCCGACGGCGCAUGACCCCCCCUCCUUUUCUUUUUCUUCUUCUCAAGCCCAUUUCGAAUUUUGCUUUUCCUAGGCCAAGACCCAAACG